AUUAGACAUUUGAAUGGGUUUAACCUGUCUCUUACUAUACUAGUUUGAAAAUGUUGCUGCUGCCUUGCUGAGCCACUAAUCAUUAAUUUCACUAAACAUUUUAAACUAGUGGAACAGGACCAAAUUAAAAUAUGUGUCGUAAACCAUUCUGCGGUGUGAAUAUUCUCCAAAUCCGAUCCAACCAUUACUCCAGGUGGGAGCACUGGAUCGUGUUGGGGCCAAAUUAGUCAUGUGACACAUUCACUUUGAAAACAAUAAAAACGGUGCAAUGUGAAACAUUUCCCAACAUGGUGGACGCUCGGACCUCUCUCUGGGAAUCUGUCCAUCCUGCUCACACAGCAGAACCGUGACCUCUUGACCUCUAACUACUAACCUCCGACCACACGAUAUGAGAUUCUGAUCUCUGCUGAACGGUCGAAUCUGCAUUCCAGUAUUUCCAGUGUUGUGAUUUGCUGCAUCUUGAACACUUGCUCUUUUGGUGUGCGUCAGCUGCAGCAAUUGUCUGCACUUAAAAUCUGACCUUUGACCUCAAACCUCAGACCCUCCCGUCCGAGGUCAGAGGCUGCGCUCGGCUCUGAAGGAUGAGCUGAGGAUGAUCCACGAGAAGAUGGAGGUCAAGAGAAUCGCUCGCAUCGCUCUGGAUGAGAUCAGGGCGCUCCUCGCCAAAGAGGAGGAGGAGAAGGAGGCGACCUGGGCGCUGAAGAUGAAGACUCUGGAAGCUGCUCAAGAACAACUGAGAGAAGAGAGGAGGAGAGAGGCAGAGAGGGUAGAGAAAGAGGAAAAGGAGAGGAUAGAAAAGGAGAAGAUAAAAAAGGAGGAGAAGGAAAGGAUGGAAAAGGAGAAGGCAGAUAAGGAAAGGAUGGAAAAGGAGAAGGUGGAGAAGGAAAGGAUGGAGAAGGUGGAGAAGGAAAGGAUGGAAAAGGAGAAGGUGGAGAAGGAAAGGAUGGAAAAGGAGAAGGUGGAGAAGGAAAGGAUGGAAAAGGCAAAGGUGGAGAAGGAGAAGAUGGAGAAGGAAAGGAUGGAAAAGGAGAAGGUGGAGAAGGAAAGGAUGGAAAAGGAGAAGAUGGAGAAGGAAAGGAGGGAGAAGGUGGAGAAGGAAAGGAUGGAAAAGGAGAAGGUAGAGAAGGAAAGGAUGGAAAAGGAGAAGGUGGAGAAGGAAAGGGUAGAAAAGGAGAAGGUGGAGAAGGAUAGGAUAGAAAAGGAGAAGGAAAGGAUGGAAAAGGAGAAGGUGGAGAAGGAAAGGAUGGAAAAGGAGAAGGCAGAGAAGGAAAGGAUGGAAAAGGCAGAGAAGGAAAGGAUGGAAAAGGAGAAGGCAGAGAAGGAAAGGAUGGAAAAGGCAGAGAAGGAAAGGAUGGAAAAGGAGAAGGUAGAGAAGGAAAGGAUGGAAAAGGAGAAGGCAGAGAAGGAAAGGAUGGAAAAGGCAAAGAAGGAAAGGAUGGAAAAGGAGAAGGCAGAGAAGGAAAGGAUGGAAAAGGCAGAGAAGGAAAGAAUGGAAAAGGAGAAGGCAGAGAAGGUAAGGAUGGAAAAGGAGAAGGUAGAGAAAGAAAGGAUGGAAAAGGAGAAGGCAGAGAAGCAGAGGAUGGAAAGAGAAGCCAAAGAAAAGGCUGAAAGGGAGAGGCUGGCACAUGAAAGGGCAGAAAAAGAGAGACAAGAGAUGGAGAAAAGAGAAAAGGCAGCUAGAGAAGAGAAGGAACGACUGGAGCGACAGAAGAUUGAGAGGGAAAGGAUGGAGAGAGAGCGACUGGUCAGGGAACGAGAGAGGGAAGCCAAGGAGAAGGAACGACUGGAAAGGGAAAGAUUGGCAAGGGAGAGGGCUGAAAAGGAGAGAAUAGAGAGGGAACGCAUCGCCAAAGAAAGAGAGAGAAUAGCCAAGGAGAAGGAGAGGAUAGAGAGGGAACGCAUCGCCAAAGAAAGAGAGAGAAUAGCCAAGGAGAAGGAGAGGAUGGAGAAAGAACGACUUGAGAGGGAACGCAUCGCCAAAGAAAGAGAGAGAAUAGCCAAGGAGAAGGAGAGGAUAGAGAGAGAACGAUUUGAGAGGGAACGCAUCGCAAUGGAAAGAGAGAAGAUUGCAAAGGAGAGGAUGGAGAGAGAGAAGGCAGAAAAGGAGAGGCAGGAGAAAGAACAAAUUGCUAAAGAGAAAAUGGAGAAAGAGAGACUGGAACGAGAACGCAUCGCUAAGGAAAGAGAGAGAAUCGCCAAGGAGCGAGAAAGGGCAGAAAGGGAAAGACUAGCCAGAGAGAAGGAAAGGAUGGAGAGAGUGGCUAGAGAGAAGGAAGAGAGGAACCAGAUUGAGGCCAGGGAAAGAGCAAGAAUCGCUCAAGAGAAGGAGAAAGAGAAGGCGGCGAAAGAGAGAGCAGAGAGAGAAAGAUUAGAGAAGGUAAGAGCGCAGAAAGAGAGGGCAGCUAAAGAAGAGAGGGAGCGAGCGGAGAGAGAGCGACUGGAGAAGGAAAGGAUGGAACGAGAAAGACUCAAGAAGGAACGACUGGAGAAAGAGAAGUCUGCGAGGGAACAGGGGGAGCGACAGAAGGCUGAGAGGGAGAGAGUGGUUGGAGAGAAGGAACUGAUGGAGAGGCAGAAGCUGAUCAGAGAGAGAGCUCAGCGGGAGAAGAUGGAGGCGGAGAAAGAGAACAAGGUCAAGGUCAACGGACAAGACGUUCAGGGGAGGAAACCCACCACGCCUCCUCCCAGAGCUCCUCCCACCUCACCUCCCAGAGCUCCUCCCACCGAGGAGAAACCACAGCGAGCGCUCCGACCGGAGGAGAAGACCAGCCGGGGGGGGAAGUGAAGGGCUACGACUGGCCGAGCUGCGUCAGAGUGAAAGUUAUAGUUAUUUAUUUCUAAUUAAAGAGGAAU